UUAGUUAUGUGUGCGAGUGCGACCUAUCACUGCGCCUGUCUGAGCAGCUGUGCGCCGUCUGCGCACUGGAGAACACGGAGCAACGCCGCGUCGCGAUGAACUCCUAAACAAGUCAAGGUGCCAUCGAGACUGUCCGAUUCCUGGAACUACAACUUUUUUUCUCAAAACAAGGAAAUAUCUGCGUUAUCAGAAAGAGCAAAGAGCUUUUGAGUGUUGUCGGAUUCCUCCUUUUACGUUCUGUAUCGCCGUUGCCAUGCGCGUUCACGUCGCCAGCAUCCUGAUAUGCGGAGUGUCGGUGGUGCUGACUGCGUUUAAUGUAUCAGAGGAGCGGGUCCACUGUUCACUGGGUUAUUUUCCCUGUGGUAACCUCAGUACCUGCCUUCCUCAGCUGCUACACUGCAAUGGUGUGGAUGACUGUGAGAAUAAAGCAGACGAGGAGAAUUGUGGGGACAAUAACGGUUGGCCACAUCUCUUUGAUAACUAUUUUGGGAUCCCGAGCAAUGACCUUGGUGCCAAGUCAAACGCCUGCUUGCUUGGGACCGUCUCAACUGAGUGCCAGUGCAGAGAUCUGGAGCUUGACUGUGAUGAUGCACACUUCAAAGAUGUCCCAUCUGUAUCUGUUAAUGUCACAAUGAUAUCUCUGCAGAGGAACCAUCUGAAAACACUGAAUUCUGAUAUGUUUUUCAAGUAUCAGAGCCUCCAGAAGCUGUAUCUCCAGUAUAACCAAAUUAAAGCGGUGCACCCGCAUGCUUUCCGAGGUCUCUACAAUCUUACAAGGCUAUAUCUUAGCUAUAAUCAAAUCACCACUUUACUACCUGGAGUAUUUCAGGACUUGCACAAACUAGAAUGGCUGAUUCUGGAAAACAACAAUCUUCAUCACAUCACAUCUUUGACCUUCUCUGGUUUACGUUCUCUCGUGCUCCUAGUCUUAUUGAACAAUGCUCUCACAAAUCUAGAUGAUAUAUGCUUGGAGAUGCCACGAUUGAAUUGGCUAGACGUCGAAGGAAAUAAGAUAGAAAGCGUUGGAAAUGUUACCUUCAGGUCCUGUAACAUGUUAACAGUGCUGGUCCUCCAGAGGAACCGCAUUAGUUACAUCCACGAGCAAGCUUUCUAUCUUCUUCGUAAAUUGGGCGAGCUGGAUUUGUCCAGUAACAGAAUCGAAGCAAUUCCUCCUGAUCUUUUCGGCAAUCUUGGUGAUUUGCUUCAGCUGAAUAUUUCAUAUAACCCCAUCAUGGACCUAAAAGUGAACCAUUUUGAAAAGCUUCAUAAACUGAAGUCACUGAGCAUUGAGGGAAUUGAAAUUGGGACCAUCCACAGACAGAUGUUUGAGCCUCUCAGAAAUCUCACUCACAUCUAUUUUAAAAAGUUCCAGUACUGUGGAUAUGCGCCUCACGUACGCAGCUGCAAGCCCAACACUGAUGGCAUUUCAUCUUUUGAGGACCUGUUGGCCAACAUCGUGCUGCGUGUCUUUGUCUGGGUUGUCUCUGCAACGACCUGCUUCGGCAACAUCUUUGUGAUCUGCAUGCGGUCCUAUAUUCGCUCUGAGAACAAGCUUCAUGCCAUGUGCAUCAUAUCCUUAUGCUGUGCAGAUGGUUUGAUGGGUGUCUACCUCUUCAUGAUCGGAGCGUAUGACCUGAAGUUUCGUGGUGAGUAUAACCGUCACGCUCAGGCCUGGAUGGAUAGCACACCAUGCCAGGUGAUCGGAUCUCUAGCCAUGCUCUCGACUGAGGUCUCAGUGCUCCUCCUGACCUACCUCACCCUGGAAAAAUACAUCUGCAUCGUCUACCCGUUUCGUUACCUGACCCCUGGUCGCAGACGCACAGUUACUGUACUAGUGGCCAUCUGGAUUUUGGGAUUUAUCAUUGCUUUUCUGCCUCUGGUCUGUAAAGGAGUGUUCAGAAACUUCUACGGAACCAAUGGCGUGUGUUUCCCUUUGCAUUCCGAGCAGCCAGAAACUCUUGGCGCGCAAAUGUAUUCAAUUGUCAUAUUUCUCGGUCUGAAUCUGGUGGCUUUUCUCAUCAUCGUACUGUCCUAUGGAAGCAUGUUUUAUAAUAUUCAAAGAACAGGAACGCAAGCGACCAAAUAUAGCAACCACAUAAAGAAAGAGCUGACAAUUGCCAAACGCUUUUUCUCCAUUGUGAUCACUGAUUCGCUUUGCUGGAUUCCCAUUUUUAUUCUCAAAAUUCUAUCACUAAUGGAGGUCGAAAUACCGGGAACCAUCAGUUCGUGGGUUGUAAUCUUCAUUCUGCCAAUCAACAGCGCUCUGAACCCCAUUUUGUACACGUUGACUACACGGCCCUUCAAAGAGACGCUGCUGCAGGUGUGGUCCAACUACAGACAACGUAGACCACUCUUCACUGGCCAUCCGUCUCAUCUGCCUUCGUUCACAUGGCAAGAAAUGUGGCCUUUGCAGGAAACCAGCCAAACACUCUGCCCACCUGACUACCUGGCUCACCCAUCUGAAGUGACCAAUAUCUCUGGAACGACCCAGUUACUGCAUAUGGAAGGGUCAAAGGGGACUAAAAUUGUCUGAAUGUGGUCCUGCUGUCCACUUCACCUCAUUUCCAGGGCUCAUUACAACAAAACAUCCAUUUUUGUAUGUUAAUUAAUGUUUACAUGCAUGUACACCAAAGCGUUUAAACAUGGCUAAAAACAACAGACGGACGUCGACUUUAGGCGCUUGCCAGCUUUAUUUUAAGCGCUUAGGUUGCUAUGAUACUUCUGCUUUGCUUAUCAGUUGCUGAAUGUUGCACUGGUUGGUGACGUUUGUCUCUCCCCUUCUGAACUGCGCGUUUUACGCAAAGUUCAGCAUUUUUUAACUCUCGGCAUUCACCGCUGAGCGUGGAAAAACCGUCGAGUGCUGGCGCUCAGCUCGGACAAAACCGACCAGCUGCUCCCUUUUUUAAAAAGUACAGCACUUCCACUGGAAACAAUUAAAAACAUACGCUGUCGUAAACGCUUUGGUGUGCACGCUACUUUACUCACCACUGGCAUAAUAAUGACAGACUGCAUAUAAACAAUGCUUGCUUUCAUUUGUGUGUGUGUGUUAGGCGGAGUGCAAGAUUUCUGAAAAACGCUUUGGAAAAGAGAGACGUGCCAACUACCAAAACACACUUGUAGCCAAUCAGUAGUAAACAACAUUAGGUGUGUUCGACUUCAUGCGGCGCUGCGCAGACCGAUCGGUGGCUGACUUGAAGCAGUGCAUCCCGGUUAGUAAUUUCGACCGACUUCAGCUGGCACGGCAGGCACGUGACUGUGUCAUAUGGUUUUUAAGUACCGCGAGAACGUUUCGAGAGUAGCCGGCUAGCUCAGCCGGUGCAGCUUCUCCAGAGUUUCAAGUUUAAUCCAACCUUUAGUUCCACAAAUAAACAUUGUAAAUUCAUGUUUUAAAAUCGGAAAAAACACUUUAAUAUGCUUAAAUAUGUUAUAUUGUGUUGUGUAAUAAAAUAAAAAUGAAAAUAACAAACUCUAUUGGUAUUUUAAUAAUAUAGGCUUGUUUCCUGUUAUUUUCGGGUAAACAGUAUAAGCAGCAAUUAAAAUAUUCAAUAUAAAAUGUUUCUGUUUGGAACUUUUUAUGAAAAGGUUUGUUUUUAUCAAAUUCAACAUCUAAUUCACUUCAUUCGCAAUUAAAAACAAGGAAACACGGCGCACACCUUACUGCGGCAAGCAGCAGGUGUCCGGCUUGACGGCUCCGUCUUCAGUUCCUCCCUCGACUGCAAGCGGCAAACCUCGCCAAUCGGUCUGCGCAGUGCCAGAGGAUCUCGAACACACCUAUUGUUGCCUGGGUUGCGCAUGUGUGGGGUGGGUCUAUCAUAAGAUCCAUCAGAAGGUCCAGAUUCCAUUGGGGUAGAGGCGUGUUUGUUUAGGUGCUGUCAAAUGUCAACACUGGCUUUCAGAGAUCAUGGACCCUGCCUUUAAAGAGAUAGAAAGAACAGAGCUAAAAUUG